AUGGAUGGAUGGAUCGAUGGAGAAUUACCUAAUUUAGCUGUUCUACGUUUUAAUAUUCGUGGAUAUUCUUGGACGGAACAAGGAUAUGUUUAUCGAUCAGCAUCAAAUGGUUGUAAAAUUAAUUGUUAUAAUCCUGUUAUUGAUGGUAAUGUUUCUGUACUAUCACAAGGUACAGGAAUAGCUUCAACAUGGAAUAAAAAUUUAAUUUUUCAAUCUGGUGAAUGUCCAAUAUUAACUGGUGAAAUAGCAGUAGCUUUCAAUAAAGUUCUUAUGGGUUAUGCAAAAUGA